UUAAACACUAUAAAGUACUGUAACAGGGGUAUAUAAUUUUAUGAUCAAUGACCCAACUAAAGGUACACGCAGAGAGGCUUGCGAUUUGUUAUAGUGUACUUCAAAAGUUUUAUCAUCUCGGUGAAAACUUUGGACUUUGUGGCAUGCUUCUGUUUUUAUGCGUUUUCACGUAUGGCGUUUUCGUAACUAGCCUAGAAAGAUGGUAUUGCGAUCGAAGCUUGUUUUCUUCUGUAUGAUCUGGAUUCUUACUGGCCACAGCGUUGAACAAUCUUACAAAAGGUGGAAAUCGGACACUAACUUCUUCAAUGGAGACAACUGGGAAGGAAAUGGCAAUGUGAAUUGUUCUGGGAACCGUAUUCUGUUCCCUUCAGGGCUAGGCCCUAUCGUGUAUAUGAACCAGGGAGCUACAUUCACAGAGAUGGUUCUUCCCACCGACGGGAUAUUAGUACUUGGUAAUGACAUCACCAUGCCGUUCACCAGCAAUCCAGUGCCGGACCCGUCUUGUGCGCCCCAGGAUAUGCAUUUCACUCGAACCCAACCCAAAAGCUGGUUCGAUCCCUCUAACUGGUGCCAAGCACUGCACGAAAACGACGACCAGUGUGGAAGAUCUACAGACCUUUUGGAUACGGAGAAAAUCCCCUGCCAGUACAAUGACGUCAUUUUCCCACCAGACAAAACUUUUUACGUGGAUUUGAGCAUUUCAGCAGUUAUAAAUGUUAAAUCUCUCAGGAUUGGGAGACAGAACGAGCGUGCAGUGACUUUACAGGCUGCAAAUGUGGCAAUGACCAAAGUCAGACCCGCUUACCACUACAUCAACCACCACCACAUCGACCAGCACUACUACCCCUACCACAACCACAUCUACCACUACAACCACGCCAACCACUACAACCACAAGAUCAACUACUACUAG